AAAGUCUUGAGCAGUCCCGAGUCUCUCAGUGCCUCCUUGUGCUCCUCUCACUGCACUCCUACAAAGCUGCACGGGUCAACCACCAGCCAUGAGCUCCGAAAACCCAUUUGAUAUGUUCAAGGAAUUGUGGUAUGAUGAGAACUCAACUGACAUGAGCUAUGUGGUCAGUGGUCCUGUGAGGGUCUGUACAAACCAGGCUGUCAACCAGUUCGGUGCCAAAGUCAUCCCAGUUUUCUACUAUACCAACUUCAUCCUGAGUUACCUUGGCAACGGACUUGUCCUCUUCAUCAUCUACAAGUAUGAGAAGCUCUGCACAGUGACCAAUAUUUUCCUCCUGAAUUUGGUCCUCUCCAACCUGCUCUUUGCCUCCAGUCUCCCUUUCUUGGCAACAUACCAUCUGUCGGAGUGGAUUUUUGGCAUUGCUCUCUGCAAGAUUGUCAGCAGCGCCUACUUCAUCGGCUUCUACAGCUCCAUCCUCUUCCUCACGCUCAUGACAUUUGACCGUUACCUUGCUGUGGUGCACGCAGUGGCAGCUGCUAAGAGCAGGAAAAAGGCGUAUGCCAUCAUUGCAUCAGUGGUAGUUUGGUGCAUCAGUAUUGUGGCGAGUGUGAAAGAGCUGGUUCUCAAAAAUGUAGGCAACAGUCCUUUCAAUGGGCUGAUAUGUGAGGAGUCGGGUUACUCUGAGGAAACCAUGGCACGCUGGCGUCUGGUUACUUACUAUCAACAAUUCCUGGUCUUCUUCCUCCUCCCUCUGUUCAUGGUGAUGUACUGCUACAUCAGCAUCACUAUCCGCAUCCUCGCCACCCGCAUGAAGGAGAAGUGCCGUGCCAUUAAGCUCAUAUUUGUCAUCAUCUUCACCUUCUUUGCUUGCUGGACGCCCUACAAUAUCGUCAUCCUCCUUCGAGCUAUUCAGAUCUCCCGUCCCAGCGAUGAUGAUGAGGACUUUUGUUCUGACACAGAGAGCUUGGACUAUGCACUGUAUGUGACGCGCAACAUUGCCUAUUUGUAUUGUUGCAUCAGUCCUGUGUUUUACACGUUUGUUGGGAAGAAGUUCCAGAGUCACUUCAGAAGGCUGAUGGCCAAGAGGAUCCCCUGUCUGAAGAGACACAUGAGCAUCAGCAGCCAGAGCACCAGAACUACAUCACAGAGGACACCACACUCUGAGUACUAGACAGACACACUCAGUACGUUUCCAUGCACAGCUCGAUUAGGCCGUUUAAGUGGACUACUGUUCUUGUCCCAGUAUACCCCAGGGGAGAAUCCAUUUAUUGACACAAGUAUGUCCAACUCCACCACUCUAGGUGGUGAUAUGCCCCCUUUCAACUAUUUGCUCUGGUACCUUCUUCCUGUUGGCCUAUUACAUCAUACCAAACAAGUUAGCAAGCAGCAAACAGGUUCAAUGUCGAAUGGUGAAAAUAUGAAUAACUUUUUGGCACUGUACAUUUUGUAUGCACUCUACCCUUUUAUUUGGUACCUUUGUCUUGUUUUGUGUUCCUUCUUCCUCUUCUUUU